AUGGUUCGCAUUAUGUUGAAUAUAUAUCUGGAGGUUUACCUCGUAGACACUGUAAUUCUUGCACCUUCUGAACAUUCCGCUGUUCCUCGAGCUGCAAAUUCCAAUGGUUUUCCUUAUCACGGGCGACGACAGCUGUUUCACGAAAUUGCGAAACGCGCGUGGCUUUUCGAGGAAUGCGAAGGUGAGAAACGUUAUCGACAGGGCAUGGUUGUCGGUCCUACUAUGAACACCUCAACAAAAUUCAGCGACAAUUACGAGGUCAAGGAAGAACUUGGGAAAGGAGCAUUUUCUGUUGUUCGACGGUGUGUACACAAGGCUACAGCGGCUGAAUAUGCCGCGAAAAUUAUUAACACAAAGAAGCUUUCUGCAAGGGAUUUUCAAAAACUGGAACGAGAAGCACGAAUUUGCAGAAAGCUGCAGCACCCAAAUAUAGUUCGUCUACACGAUAGUAUCCAAGAGGAGUCGUUUCACUACCUAGUAUUUGAUCUAGUCACCGGUGGUGAGCUGUUUGAGGACAUUGUUGCCAGAGAAUUCUAUAGUGAAGCGGAUGCAAGUCACUGCAUCCAGCAAAUUCUCGAAUCAAUCGCUUACUGCCAUCAAAACUGCAUUGUGCACAGGGACUUAAAGCCGGAAAAUCUACUCCUUGCCAGUAAAGCAAAGGGCGCAGCAGUAAAGCUGGCUGAUUUCGGCUUAGCCAUCGAAGUUGGUCAAGAUACUGAAGCAUGGUUCGGAUUUGCUGGAACGCCGGGAUACCUUUCGCCGGAAGUGCUGAAGAAGGACCCGUAUGGCAAACCAGUCGAUAUCUGGGCAUGCGGUGUAAUACUUUACAUCUUGCUUGUCGGCUACCCUCCUUUUUGGGAUGAGGACCAACACCGGCUCUACGCGCAGAUCAAGGCUGGCGCCUACGAUUAUCCAAGUCCCGAAUGGGAUACGGUGACUCCAGAGGCCAAAAGUCUGAUCGAUAGCAUGUUGACGGUGAAUCCGAAGAAACGAAUCACCGCUGAUCAAGCGCUCAAAGUGCCGUGGAUAUGUAAUCGUGAACGUGUAGCGUCUGUGAUGCAUCGACAAGAUACUGUAGAUUGUUUGAAGAAGUUCAAUGCUAGGAGGAAACUCAAGGGUGCGAUCCUCACGACAAUGAUCGCAGCUCGCCAUCUAUCGAGCCGCAACUUGUUGAACAAAAAGGAAGGCGGACCACCGUCAACGAUCAAGGAGUCCAGCGAAUCAUCACAAACGCUAGAUGAUACUGAAUCGGAUAAAGGCGGUCAACUGAAGCACGAGAACACUGUGGUGCGUGCCGAUGGAACAGCCACCAAAGCGGUGCCGUCUUCGUCGCUAUCAGCUCAAAAACAAGAAAUCGUACGGGUCACGCAACAGCUGUUAGAUGCGAUUUCGUGCAAAGAUUUCGAUGUCUACACGAAAUUAUGUGAUCCGGCAAUGACAUGCUUCGAACCAGAAGCGCUAGGAAACCUCAUCGAGGGAGUCGAAUUUCAUCGAUUCUAUUUCGAUUAUGGGAGUAAUAACCCGCGAAAAGGACAGCUGCACACAACGAUGUUGAAUCCGAAUGUGCAUGUGAUGGGCGAAGAAGGUGCAUGUAUUGCGUAUGUACGAUUGACGCAGUUCAUGGACAGAAAUGGUGAAGCUCGUACCCGGCAGUCGCAAGAAUCCCGAUGGGCCACCUGGUGGUACGACUUCAUUACCGGUGGAAUACUAAUUAUAACCCCGUGCUAUUUUCUCUUUCGUCGUCUUCAUGCAAGUGAUAUGAUGAGCUGUUUGGAUUCAGCACUAUAGGCGCAUCUCUGCUAGUCGAUAUGUUGUUGAGCAGUUCGAUGCUCGACUGUCAAUUCCUCAUAUAGCAUUAUUUCGAUUGGUUUUGUUUUUGUAUACUAAUAUAUCUCGGUCAACAUCUUGCUUGUUUACGAAUUUCUUUUUUUUGUGAGGCUUGCUUAUGUUCGUAUGAAUGAUUAUUGCACAAGAUAUUAUUUUCUGUCUCUUGCUCCUCUUUUCUAUUUCUCUUGGCAUUUCGCCGUCUGUCGUGUACCAUUCAGUUCUGUUACUCAGAUUGUUUCUGUAUUAGCUGCAAGGCUUACCGCUACGGCGUAGCGGUACAGGACUUCGCAUACAAUUGAUCACUUCCGUUAGUGGUUCUUUGGAGGUCGCAUGUUGAGGGUCAUUUUUGCUGCUUCCUUCUCUUUAGACCUAUAUUUGGCUCGUUGUUGCGCUUAGUCGCUUCCAUCACAAGUGUUUAGUUCAAAAUUGUCGCAUUAACAAAUAACAAAUAACAUAUAACUCAUUGAAUUCCCAGCAUCCUGUCGGAAUCAAUCUUAAAUCAUUUACGUAUCUGAAAUCAAACUAACCUGGCUGGAAUAGCGCUUUCUAGUGACUUGUAAUUCUUGAAUUUAUUUUUCUUUUUUUAAGAAAGCCGACAUCCAAUGCUUCUGUCAUCCGCCCAUUCUCACCGCCUACGCAUUUCACGCAUUCUUUUUUGACAACCGUUCUUGUUGUAUACUCUUAGUGUUUCCCCCCGUGUUUCUCAUUAUCGCAUUUGCACUAAAUAUAUGUAAAAUUGGACAUAUUGACUUUUAUCUUGGCAAGUUUUAUUCUUGUUAGAUGUAAUUUGAUUUUCUGAACGUCAAAUAAAUGUAAAGUUCUACG